AUGUUAAAAAGAGAUAGAAAAAAUAACUAUGAGGACGAAGAACGUUGGUGCGUUUCGUGCGUGUGUGAAUACCGAGUUUAUUUAUUAAAAUGGAAUACACGUUAUGAAAUAGAUUUUUAUUGUAAAUAUAAAUUUCAGAAAAUGGACGAUGCGUUCGAAACGAAUGGGGGAAAUUUAACGGAAAUAAGUUUUUUUAAAACGUUACUCGAAUGGUUGUUUCCGUUGGAAUCAAAUGAUUCAACAGCAGAAGAUAUCGGUGAUGAUUGGUCAACGAUAUUAUCAUUUAUUAUGUUGAUAAGAUGUCGUAAUGCAAUCGGAAAAAUAUUAAUGGACGACGAACCUUAA